AACUCUUGAAAAAUUAACAAAGAAUUUGAAGGAAUUUUUAAAGUAAUGUAAAAAAAAUAUUAAAAGCUCUUAGAAAAUGAGGUUCAUCCAAAUAUUUGCCGUGACGCUAUUCAUUAGCGUAAUUCAAGCACGUCCUAAUCAAAAUUUUGACAGUAAUUUGCGUAUUAAAAUCAUUCGAUUGCAAGACGAUUCGAAUGAAGAACUGCUCAAAUAUGCCGUCAAAGACGAAGGAGCUAAGUGUGGAUAUGAUUCUUGCCCAAAGCCGCAGAAAAAUAAGCUGAAUGUACAUCUUGUCCCGCACACCCAUGACGACGUUGGUUGGCUCAAAACCGUCGAUCAGUACUACUACGGAAGUCGCAGUGGCAUCCAAAAAGCUGGCGUUCAGUAUAUUUUGGAUUCUGUGGUACAAGCUCUCUUAAAUGAUCCCGCAAAGAAGUUUAUUUAUGUCGAAUCUGCCUUUUUCUUCAAAUGGUAUGACGAACAAACUCCCGAACUGCAAGAAAAAGUAAAAAUGCUCGUGAACGAAGGACGUUUAGAGUUCAUCGGAGGUGCUUGGAGCAUGAAUGACGAAGCCGACACACAUUACAACAGUGUCGUUGAUCAAUUCACCUGGGGAUUACGAAGAUUGAAUGAUACCUUUGGGGAAUGCGGCAGACCAAAAGUCGGUUGGCAAAUCGAUCCCUUUGGACAUUCGCGUGAACAAGCAUCGAUGUUUGCUCAAAUGGGUUACGAUGGUUUGUUUUUCGGACGAUUGGAUUGGCAGGACAAGCAAAAUCGCUUGAAAACUCAAACCGCGGAGAUGAUUUGGCAUGGAAGUGCGAAUUUGGGAGAAAGUAGCGAUUUGUUCACUGGAGUGUUGUUUAAUAAUUAUGGACCUCCGCCAGGUUUUUGUUGGGAUGUGUUGUGUGAUGAUGAGCCAAUUAAUGAUGAUAGGUUCAGCCCGGAUUAUAAUGUGCAACAAAGGAUUGAUGAAUUUUUCGCGUAUGUGAAUGUCAUGGCGGUUAUGUAUCGUUCUAACAACGUUCUCGUAACGAUGGGCGAGGACUUUAACUACCAGGAUGCCAAUAUGUGGUACAAAAAUAUGGACAAACUCAUAAAGUACGGCAACGAGCGUCAAAAGAACAAUUCCGACAUAAAUCUCUUUUAUUCGACACCUUCAUGCUAUUUGAAGGCAUUAUAUGAGUCUGAACUCACCUGGCCCGAGAAAUCCGACGACUUUUUCCCAUAUUCUUCUGAUCCGCAUGCCUUUUGGACGGGAUAUUUCACCUCACGCCCGACUGUGAAGCGAUUUGAACGUGUCGGAAAUCAUUUUUUGCAAGUUUGUAAGCAACUUUCUUCUUUCUCGCCCGUUCCUGCGGACCAUUAUGAUGCACAUUUAACUGCUUUGCGUGAAGCGAUGGGAGUGAUGCAACAUCAUGACGCCAUUACCGGCACAGAAAAGCAAAAAGUUGCCUUCGAUUAUGCGAGAAUUUUGUAUCGCGGAAUGCAAGCCUGCAAUGCGAAUGUGAAAACGGCCUUGAAUCAACUCACGACGAAAGACACGGAUAAAACGAAGAAAAGUGAAUUUUCGUUCAGUUCUUGCACGAGAUUGAACGUCAGCAUGUGCGAUGUGACAGAAACGACGGAGAAAUUUAUUGUGACGGCAUAUAAUCCGUUGGCGCAUUCCGUCUUUGAAUAUAUUCGAGUGCCAGUUCAAGGUGACAAUUAUUUGGUGCAGGAUUAUAGAAAUGUGGAAAUUAAGCAUCAAGUUGUUUCGGUUCCGGAUGCCGUGAAACGAUUGGACUUUAGAGAAAGUAAUUCGACGUAUGAAUUGGUGUUUUUGGCUCCGGAAUUGCCUCCAUUGGGUUAUAAGAGUUUCUUUGUUACUCGACUCAAGAAUAAAGACUCAAAUGCUUCAGAAACAAAGGAACAAGUCCAAUUGAAGGAUAGCUUCCCAUCGACAUCGGAAGAGGGACGAGUGACAAUCGGAAAUAAGUACCUCAACCUCUCCUUCGGCGAAGACGGUUUCCUCGAAUCUGUGACAACGGAAGGCGUCACUCACAACCUCACUCAAUACUUUGUCUGGUAUCAAGGAGCAGUCGGCAAUAACAUGGAAUAUUUGAAUCGUUCCUCGGGUGCUUACAUCUUCCGUCCCAACAACACGGAGCAACUUGUCUCCAAAAAGGCAGAACUCCAAGUCGUUCGCGGUUUGCAUGUCGAGGAAGUUCGUCAAGUGUUCAACGACUGGGUGAGUCAAGUCGUUCGCGUUUAUCGCGAAGAAAAUUUCGUCGAAUUCGAAUGGAUGAUCGGAGGAAUCCCCACGGACGACGGUCUUGGCAAGGAAGUUGUUUCACGUUUUUAUAGUUCCGUCCAAAGCAACGGAACAUUUUUCACUGAUUCAAAUGGGCGCGAAAUGCUUCGCCGCGAAAGGAAUCAUCGUGACACAUGGAAAGUCAUGUUGGAGGAGAAAAUUGCGGGAAAUUAUUAUCCAGUUACGACAAGACUUGCGAUUGAGGAUGAAGAGACACGAUUUGCAAUGUUGACGGAUCGCGCGCAAGGAGGCACGAGUUUGUUCGAUGGAUCAUUGGAAUUAAUGGUACAUCGUCGCUUACUUCACGAUGACGCAUUUGGAGUUGCUGAGGCUCUCAACGAAAAAGGAGUUGAUGGCAAAGGACUUGUAGCUCGUGGCAAACAUUGGCUCGUAAUUGGCAAGAAAUCAACACCAAGCCCAACAAUUUACGCUCGUGAACGUUUCUUGCAAAACCAGAAAUUGCUCCCGAAUUGGCUUUUCUUCAGCGAUGCCAGCAAAUUCGAAUAUGGUGACUGGAUGAAAUCCUAUUCCAACAUCUACUCCGCACUAUCUGUGUCCCUUCCAAUGAACAUCCACUUGCUCACUUUCGAGCCAUGGCGUCGUGAUAAAUUGAACGGCGACUCGUAUUUGCUCCGUUUCGAACAUCUGUUGGAAAAAGAUGAAGAUCCCGAGUACUCAAAGCCCGUUACGUUCAACCUCCAAGACGUUUUCCGUGGUUUUGACAUCGCCGAGUUGAAAGAAACCACCUUGGCUGGCAAUCAAUGGCUCGCAGACGCAAAACGAUUCAAAUUCACGCCAGAUCCAAAGGAAAUUCGCUUCGAUAAUGUUAAUCAACGAUACGAUUAUCGCAUUAAUCCGUACCAAAAAGCGACAAGUGAUAACGAAGUUGAUCCGGAGCGCGAUACGGAAGAACUUAGUUUCAGAAAAUACGGGUUGGAUUACGAAAUCACGUUGAAACCCAUGCAAAUUAGAACAUUUGUGAUGCAAAUGAACCCAGAGUUGUACGAUCAUUAA